GUAGAGACGGAGCAGGAGAGAGAGAGAGAGAGAGUGGUAGAGAGAGGUAGAGACGGAGCAGGAGAGAGAGCAGCAUCACUCCUGUGACUCAGAGAAGACGAAGCGGAUCAUCAGUGAACAUCCAGCGGCUUGUUUUCAGGCCUGCAGCAGCAGCAUCAUGACUAAAGAGGAGAACCUGGAGGUGCAGGAGAAGGAGAGGCACGAUCGGGAGGAGCAGGAGGAGGGGAAGGUCCAGAAGGAGGAGGAGGCUCUGACCGAGGAGGAAGAGGAGGAGGAGGAGGAAUACGAGCUGGAGGAAGAGAGAGCAGAGGUGGACGACGAGGAGGAGGACGAAAAGGAGGAGGAGCGGGAGGAAAGAGAGGAGAGGGAGGAAGAGGAGGAUCCACGGGAGCCCGAGCCCGAGCCGCUGUCGGUGUCCGAGUACCAGAGUCCAGUCCAUGAGCCACGGCGCCGGGCCAUGGUGCACCCGUCUGCCAUGGCCCCGCUGCCCCAAGACUACGCCUUCACCUUCUUCGACCCGAACGACCCGGCCUGCCUGGAGAUCCUCACGGAUCCUCGCACCACCGUGCCGGAGCUGUUCGCCAUCGUGCGCCAGUGGGUUCCUCAGGUGCAGCACAAGAUCGACGUCAUCGGCAACGAGAUCCUGAAGCGUGGUUGCCAUGUGAACGACCGCGACGGUUUGACCGACAUGACGCUGCUUCACUACAGCUGUAAGGCCGGAGCUCACGGAGUCGGCGAUCCGGCGGCGGCGCUGCGUCUCACCAGUCAGCUCAUCUCCCUGGGCGCCGACGUGAGUCUGAGGAGUCGCUGGACCAACAUGAACGCGCUGCACUACGCCGCUUACUUCGACGUCCCGGAACUGAUCCGAGUCCUGCUCAAAGCCGCCAAACCCAGAGUGAUGAACUCCACAUGCAGUGAUUUCCACUACGGCACAGCUCUGCACAUCGCCGCCUCCAACCUCUGCCUGGGCGCAGUGAAGUGUCUGCUGGAGCACGGAGCCAACCCCACUGUCCGGAACGAUAAGGGCCAGGGUCCGGCGGACGUCGUUCCCGACCCGAUGGACAUGAGUCUGGACAAGGCCGAGGCGGCCAUGGUGGCCAAAGAGCUGAGACAGCUGCUGCUGGACGCCGUCCCGCUGAGCUGCAACCUCCCCAGAGCCACGCUCCCCAACUACGACAACAUCCCGGGGAACCUGAUGCUGACGUCGCUGGGGCUGAAGCUGGGGGAGCGCGUGCUGCUGGACGACAUGAAGCUCCAGAGAGACCAGAGCUGUGACGACGUCCCGGCUGCAAACCUCCAACAGACCGGCACGCUGAGGUUCUGCGGUACGACGGAGUUCGCCAGCGGCCAGUGGGUCGGCGUGGAGCUCGACGAACCCGAGGGAAAGAACGACGGCAGCGUGGGCGGCGUCCGCUACUUCAUCUGCCCCCCGAAGCUCGGGAUUUUUGCCCCAGUGUCAAAGAUUUCCAGGGCCAUGGAGCAGGCGCUUCCUUCAUCCAUCACCUCCACCCCCAGAACCCCCCGCAUGGACCUGGCCUCCCGCCUCGCUGGAAGGACCAAGAAGGAGAAAGACAAGAAGGAAAAAGAGAGAGAGAAAGCCCAGAGGAAGAAGUCAUCAGUCGUCAGUCUGGACCCCGAGGGCAUGAACGUGGAAGUUGGAGAUCAGGUUCUGGUGGCGGGACAGAAACACGGCAUCGUCCGAUUCUACGGCAAAACGGACUUUGCUCCAGGUUUCUGGUUCGGUGUGGAGUUGGAUCAGCCGACAGGAAAACACGACGGCUCGGUGUUUGGAGUCCGUUACUUCAGCUGCCUGCCCAAAUAUGGCGUGUUUGCUCCGCCCUCCCGCGUCCAGAGAAUCGGAGGACCUAAAGACGGCUCCCACGGCGACAACUCCCUGGUGAAGAAAGUCCACCAGGUCACAAUGUCUCAGCCCAAGCGGAACUUCAACACGAUGCGUUCUCCUAAAGACCUGACGUCAGAGAACUCCAUAUCCAGGUUGCUGUUCUGCUGUUGGUUUCCGUGGAUGCUGCGUGCCGAGAUGCAGUCCUAACCACGCCCCCUUUGCCUCUCUCCUUCCUCUGAUGGAUCCAUCGAUCCCUCCGCUCUCUCUCUCUUCUCUCCAUCUUUUACUUUUACUUGUUCCUCUCGGAGUCUCCUCACGACCGUCGUCACUCACCCUUCUUGCAGUGAAGCCUGGUCCCUCUUCUCUCCAGCUCUCAGCCCAAAUCCUUCUGAUUCAGCCGUUCUAUAGCAAAAUCUAUAGUGCCUUGAAUGUAUCUGAUCAAAAAAACGUCCCGCGAUGCGAUUCUCCCCCCGGAACAAUCUCAGUUUCUUUCCGCGCGACUUCUCAUCUCAUCGUCGCAGCUCAGUAUUUUUCCACGUUGGACCGUUAAACCGCACAACGUCAGUUCGUGCUGCGACACGUCCAGACAUGUUUUUGCUGAUACUAGUUUUGAGUUUUGCCAAAUUCUUUUGAAUUUGAGUGCCAGAUAAAUUAGUCAGUACAUUUUAAGGGUGGCACCUGUUUUCUUCAAUAUAACAACAAUGAUCAAAGUGAUAAUCUAUAACACUUUGACUCUGCAACAUGACGAGUCAAAGUGUCUCGUUUCCAAACAGAAUGUGUGAGGUUGAUUCUGCGUUGCUCAAGAUGUUGUCCGAGCAUCGUUUCGCGACUCUUUCUCGAUCACCGCCGCAUCGUGGGGCCGCGGAUGUCGACGCUUCCUCGCCACGCGUGAGCCGUACGGACCCGUUGGGCAGAACGUGGUUCUACAAGAACCUUGCAGGUUCUGCAGCCUCGAGCCAGAGAGGCGGUUUCCGCUCCACUCAGAGAAACGUCCCGUCUCGGUGUUUGUCGCCCGCACGCUGUGAUCUCAGAUGUCAAAGUGGAGACAGGGUUUCAGCUGCUGACCUCGUGGACGUCAUCAUAGCGUUCCAGUCACGUCCGGGGAUCGACGCUCUCACGACAAAGUUGAACUGGUGCUCGUUCCCCUUCGGCUACAAACCUCAACUCAAAGGAAACAGCUGGAUUUUGAAAAACACUUUUAGUCUUUGAUAGAUGAAAU